AUGUCAAAGCCGCGGUCCACACGACCGGAUCCCAUUUCUUAUGUCUGUGUAGUCUCCGGCGAGGGCACGGAGUUUAUUCUCCCAGAGGCCGCCGUACGGCAAAGUAAGAUGUUGGCCUCUCUUCUAGAUGGCAUUUACUGUCUCCCCAAUCGCGGCGGCUUUGGGGAUCAACAGCGGCAGCGGCACGCCACUCCCGGUGUGUACGUGACGAACAACAUUAACGUAAUGCCGAGAAUUCCACUGGCGCCACUCUCCACACGUACACUUGAGUUGGUUGUGCGGUAUUUACUGCAGCGCUCUCUUGGUGAUCCCAACUCCACCGAGGAGUAUUCACUGCUUAGUGAAUUAAGCCCAGUGAUGGAUGAGGAUCAGGAUGCUGUUGCGGACGUCUUGCUGGCUGCAGACUUUCUUGAUUGCUAG